AGUGCUUUUGUUUCGAAUGAGAUAAAAAAUGACCAAAUGCUAGUUCAAAGAAUCGUCAAUCGUGUUUCAGAGAUAUUAAGUCAUAUGCCAUCAAAUGCUAGUUACCAUGACAAGUUAGUUGGAAUUGAUUCGCGUGUCGAGGAAGUAAUAUCGUUAUUGGAUGUUGAUGUAAAUAACAGAAAUUGGAGAAUAGGAAUUUGGGGAAUGGCUGGUAUUGGAAAGACAACUCUUGCUGGUAUAGUGUUUUCGCAAAUCAAGGUUAAAUUUGAUGCCCACUGCUUUGUUUCAAAUGUCAAGGUACAGAUAAGGAAGGAAACAGAAAUUGUUUUACGGGAUAAAAUCAUUCGUUCACUAUUGGGAGACGAAUAUUUAAAAAUAGGCUCACCACUUUUAGUAUUAGAUGAUUGGAUUAUGAGAAGACUGCAAAAAAAGAAAGUUCUUAUUGUUUUUGAUGACGACCCUUUUAUGGCAAGAGAGAAAGUACAGAAAGAGUACUGGGAGAGCCAGUUGCUCAAAUUGAAAAGCAUCCCGAACAAGAGAAUUCAAGAUGUUCUAAAAAUAAGUUAUGAUGGGUUAGAUAGCAAUGAGCAGAGCAUAUUUCUGGAUAUUGCAUGUUUGUUUUUGUGGGUAGAAAAACCUGGAAUUGAAAAAAUAAUGGAAAGUUUUGGUUUCUUUGCGAGAUGUGGAAUAAGUAGUCUCAUUGAUAAAUCUCUCCUCACCGAUGAUAAAUAUAAUGGUAGAAUAGAAAUGCAUAACUUACUACGACAAAUGGGAAAGGAGAUUGUGAAUGAGGAAUGCAAACAGCCUGGAGGACGUAGUAGGUUGUGGAAUCCUGAGGACAUUUCUCAUGUAUUCAAAACAAAUACUGGAACUGAUAAGAUUGAAUGCAUUUCGCUUGAGAUAUCGAAUGCUCGAGCUUUUGAGAUAAGUUCCAAAGCUUUCGUGAAGAUGCCUAAUCUUAGAUUCCUCAGAAUCUAUGGCUUUGAAUUGAUUUUGCCUGAUGGUCCUGAUUUUCUUCCAGAAGAGCUAAGAUUUUUAUGUUGGAACAGUUACCCUUUGAAAUCGUUGCCGUUGAAGUUUUGCCCAAAUAACCUUGUAGAACUUCACUUGCCUGACAGCCAACUCAAACAACUGUGGGAUGGAGAUAAUAAGCUUCUUAAAAAUUUGAAAGUUAUGCACCUCAGCGGGUCGCUCUCUUUAUUGAGAAUUUCGGAUCCAUUUCAAGCCCCAAACCUUGAGGUAUUAUGUUUGUCAAGUUGUAGCAGUUUAAUUGAGAUUCCUUCAUCUCUUAAAUAUUCAACCAAGCUUGCUCAGCUAGACUUAGAGUACUGUGAUAGUAUUCGCAGUUUGCCAAGCUUCCUUCAGUUAGAAAAUCUUGAGAUGCUUGAUCUUAAUGGUUGCCGUAAACUUGAAGAAUGUCCAGAGCUUCCUUGCAAUUUAAGGGAUUUAAAUUUAAGUAAAACUGAAAUAAAACAAUUGCCUUCAUCAAUUGGAAAUUGCUCUCAACUUGUUGAAUUAUCGUUAAGUGAGUGUACAGAGCUUGAAAAUCUUCCAAACUGCAUUGGCCAGUUACAAUCUCUGAAGAAACUUGACGCAACAGGAAGUGGCAUAAAUUUUAAUGGAUGUAAAGGUUUGACGGUAUGGCUUUUGUUGUCCGGUUUGAAUAGCCUACAGAAGCUUUAUCUAGGUAACUGUGGCAUAUCAGAAAUUCCGGAGAGUAUUGGAUCAUUAGUUUCAUUGAAAGAGUUAUAUUUAGAAGGAAACGAUUUCGAAAGCAUUCCUGCAAGCAUCAAACAACUUUCUCAUUUGGAGACUCUUAGGUUGGAUGAUUGUAAGAGGCUUAGGGUUGGAUGA